CAUUAGUUUACCAUCACUUUACCAUUACUACUUUACUUUAGUUUUACUAUAUUCAGUCAUCCAAGCUAUCGAUCGAUCGAUUGAAUUCAUUCACUCAAACUCAUCAUCACUUGAACCUUGAUUAUUCAUCAAUCAUCAUCACUUCAAAAUCCAUUCUCACCUCUAGUGACCUUCAAAAUGUAUAAUCGUCAUUCUUCAGAUCAUAUUAGAACACCUCGUUCUGCUGAAUGGGAUCGAUCAGAAGAUUAUCAAGAAAGACCUCAACCUAGAUCGGAAGAAAGACCUUAUCAUGAUCCUCGUAGACAUUCUAAUCAUCAUCAAUAUGAUGGUAGAACUCAAAUUGAUCCUAGGUUUCCUUCAUCUGAUCGUCAAUCUCGUCCUCCUUAUGUCGGUCCUCCUAGAAGCUUUGAUCGAAGACAGGAUUAUGAUGAACGUGAUCCUUCAGAUCGACCUAUUCCUACGGCUCCUUUUGCAGAUUCUAGAAGGUCUUAUGAUGACCCACAUAAUCCUCGAAGGUCUCAAGAAUUUGUACCUCAUCAUCAGCGUCCUCCGCGUUAUAUAUCCCACCCUCACCCUUAUGCUCAUCCUCUAUCAAGAAGUGGUCCAUCAUCAAUCAACUCAAACACCUCGCCCUCGUACCAUUCUCAAGGCUUCGCUCCUCAUGAAGACCGUCACAAAAGUUGGCAUCAUGAGAAUCACCACCACAAGAUCUACGAUUUAAACACCCAGUUCAAUCAUGGUCCACCUAAAGAGAAAUCAGCGCCUACCCAAUCUGUCAUCUUUAUGGGUUUACCGAUCCAUACUGAUGAAGCCACCUUGCGUACCUUUUUAGAACAGUAUGGUGCUGAAGUCGAUACUGUCACCAUCAUUUAUGACCGUAACACUGGUCUCAGUAAGCGUUAUGGAUUCGCUCGUUUUGCUACUGUAGACGAUGCGCGCUCCUUUGUCGAGCCUUGCUUUCCACUCGUCACUUGGAAAGAGCCCGAAGGUUCUCCUUUUGAUCGAUCUGGUGAUGGCUUACAAAUCAAGAUUGAUUAUAGUCAAAAAGAAAAGAUACCUUAUGAAAUUAGACAUAGAGAAAGAGAAGGCGUUCGAAGAUCCCCACCGGUGGUUGAUUUGAAUGAAGAACAAUCAGGAGGUAAUCAUUCUUAUAAUGGAGCUAUCGAUCCUACUCCUUCAGCUCUCAAUGAUGGGGCUCGUGAUAUUGGUGGCACUCCGACUUCUAUACUCUUAUUGAGAGGACUUGAUCCAAUCACCACCGAACAAGAGAUUGCUACUCACCUACAGCACAUACCUGAUCCAUCUCAAACCGUUCUUCCUGACUCGAUCAGAAAGGUGAUGUUGAUCAAAGACCGACUUACUCGUGGCAGCUGGGGUUACGCUUUUGUUCAAUUUUCUGACGUUCAGAUUCGAUCUCGAGUUUUGACUGUGACUUUUGCUCAUGAACAUUCAUUUCAUCCAGUUUAUACUCCUUCUGAUUGGUCAUUUCAAGGCCCUGGAGGACAAGAAUUAGCUUACUGGGAUGAUAAAGCUUAUUCAGCCGUCUUCGUUCCUGCAGGGUCCAAUGGAGAGGCGACAGAUGAUCACAAUGGUAUUAAGAAAACUCAAGAAUCACAUGAUGGCAAGCUGACUUCUACAAGAGAUGAAGAUGCAGAUAUGAAAGAACUUUUGUCGUCAAUUGACAAUGAUCAGUCCGGCUCCAAGUCAGAGACAGUCAAAAUCACAAACUCAUCUAACAAUUUAAAUCCUACAAAUGAUUCUCUCUCUCAGGACCAACAGCAAGUCUCUUCGUCGAAUCAUGAGACCAACAACAACAACAACAACAACAACAGCAAUGAAGAUGAUUUCAGCGAUAUGAUUCGACUUACCUGUUUACUUUGUCAACGUCAAUUUAAAUCAACAGAGGAUUUAGCAAGACAUAAUGAAUUAUCUAAUUUACAUAAGACCAAUUUAGAAAGUGAAACGGCCAGAAAAGCAGGACGAUUACGUAAACAAGCCAGUAUGAAAUCCACAGCGACCAAAAGAGCAGCAAGUGGUAGUGAUCUUGGAGAAGGUAGUAAUGGAACCAAGUAUACCGAUCGAGCAGCAGCCCGACGUGAAGCCUUUGGUCAACCUGAUGUACCGAUUAGUAAUAGUUCAGAUCUACAUGAAGCUAAGAAGGCUAGGUAUGAACCUGCUCCUUUACCGAUCGAAACACCUGUUUCGGUUGAUAAAGAUGGAAUCCAAGCUAGUAAUGUGGGUAGUCAGAUGUUGGCUAAGAUGGGAUGGUCAAAAGGUGAAGGAUUAGGAAAUGGAACGGGAGGACGAGUCGAACCGGUUUCGGCUUCACAAUAUACAAAAGGAGUUGGACUUGGUGCUUCGACUGGUACACCAGUUGGAAUGUAUGAUGAUAGUAAAAAAGGAUUUAUGGAACAAGUUAAAGAUAAAACUUUACAAAGGUUUAAUCAAGAUUAGAAGAGUAAAACGAGACGAAAGGGAAGAAAAAAAAAACGCAUAACAAAAACAAAAGAGAAAGUUUGAGUUUAUUUGAAUAUUACUUUUUUCUUUUCUAUGAAUUUUUUUUUUUCUGGGAGUGUUUUUUUGGUUUUUUUUCUGAAAUUUGGGUUUUUUUUGAAGAAGUUGUGUGGGAAAACGAUUCAAAAAAGAGAAGAUGAAGAUGGAAGGUUGUGGGUGGUGGUGGGAGUGUUGAAAAGAAAAAAAAAAUCAAAUUCUAUGAUUUGUUAUGUCUUUGUCUUUGUGUGUGAUUUGUUUGUGAAAUUUUAUUUUUUGGUUUUG